UGUGUUUUUCUUUUAUGUUCUCUCUCUCUUAUGUGACUAAGCCAUGGAUGUAAGAGAGAGAUAGAGUUCACAAUGUCAUUGAGUCUCUUAUUUACAAUUUUAUUUUGCUUAUUUUCUUUACAAAUAUCAUUUUGAAAAGAAAAAAAAAAAACAAAAUUUUCUUCACCAUGAGUUCACUAAACUUGAACAAUGAUGGUUAUGGUUUAUCUUUUGACUUGAAUGCUCCUUUUUUAUCUCAAGUUCCUUCUUCAUCUUCUGCUCCCUAUUUGGGUCAUCAUGUUGUGUCUGAAAAGUCUGAAAUACCCUUUGAGAUUUUGAACCCUUUAGUGAUCCAUCCUAAUGGGAAUGAGAACAUGGUUCCAAACAAUGAAGGGUAUUUUGGGAAUGGUCAAAAAAACAUGUCUUUGGAAAAUGAUGAGGCUGAAAAUGAAGCUAAAAACAUGUUUUUUGAAACACAGAAAUUUAUGAACUCUAAUCUUUUUAUUAGAGGCCAUUGGAGACCAAAUGAAGAUGCUAAGCUUAAAGCACUAGUAGCUGAACAUGGUCCUCAAAAUUGGAACAUAAUUGCUGAAAAUCUACCUGGUAGAUCAGGAAAAAGCUGCAGAUUGAGGUGGUUUAAUCAGCUAGAUCCUAAAAUCAAUAGGACAGCUUUUAGCAAGGAAGAGGAGUAUAAGCUUUUGGAAGCUCAUAAUUUUUAUGGUAACAAAUGGGCAGCCAUUUGCAAACUGUUUCCUGGGAGGACAGACAAUGCUGUCAAGAAUCAUUGGCAUGUGAUCAUGGCUAGGAGGCAAAGGGGGCAAUCAUCUAGAAAGAAAAGGCCAGCAUUUCAAACUCCUUCAAAUGAAUCACUCACAAGUGCCAUUGAUGAGUCUAAUUCUAAUUUCCUCAAAUUCAAUCUUGCUACUAGGCCUCUUAUCAAUUACCAAGCCUAUGGAUUACAAAUGGGUUUAUUUGGAGCAAGAAACCAAGAAGCAAGGGAUUUUGGUUUUGACAAGAUUUUCAGUGCUAUGAAAGGUUCAUCUAUAGGUCACAUGGAAAAGCUAAAGAGUGUGGACCAAUCCAAUUAUUCAGAUUCAAAGUCAGAAGUUUCAGUAUCUGAGUCAGUUGCAACAAACAGGAAAAAUGAAGCAUUUUUGGGAGACAAGAUUAAGAAGCCAUUUAUUGACUUUCUUGGAGUAGGAUAUACUUAGUGAAAAUUUUGUUGAUGAAACAAUAAUCUUAAGCUGAAAGAGAGAAAAGGGUGUUAUGGGAAUUUGAAGAGGGAAAAGUGUAAUGUAGUAGUUGUAAGAAAAAUUGAUGCUAUAGGUUCUAUCUGUACACUAACAAUGGUGAACAGUUAGUUCCAUAAAAAGCUAAAUGUGUUUGGUUUUUUUGAGACAAAAGUUUAAGUGUUUGAAUAAAUUUGGUGAAAUUGAUACCAAAUACAAAUAAAUGAAAUAAAGUUAUUUAUAUUUUAAUAUAUUUAUUUGCCUACUAGUCUUAAUA